AUGUCAGAACUUUAUAAAAUUUGUAAAACAAAUGCAAAGAAUGAACAGAAUGAUUAUUGGGAAUUAUUUGAAUUAUUACCUGAGGUCGAGAAUGCAAAACUUGAUCAAAUUCGAACUUAUCUUGAAAAUGUACAACGGCUUAAUGCUAGUGAUCUUCAUAUGGGAUCAAAUUGUUAUUUUAUGAAAGGUGGAGCCCAGAUUGGUACAAAAGCUGAACCUAAAAUAAAAUUAUCAGAAAUUAUUAAAAAAGAGGAUUUAACGUGCAUUAUAUACAUUAAAGAGACAGAGGAUUUCGAUUAUACUUUGUUAAAACAUGAAAAAGGAUUUAUAUUCAAAAAAGACGGUUCUAUAAGAAAUGCUGCAAGCCAGGCCUUCGAAAUUGAUAUUAAAAAAAUUAAAAAAAUUGAACAAAACAAAGGAUCAUAUCAUAAAAAUUAUUUGUCAGAAUGCGAGCAUGAAGAUAUAGCAGAAUGUAAGCGAGGAUUUAUAAUAAACGGACAAAUCUCGGGUAAUUUAAACUUGUUAUCUGCUUCUAUCGGAUUAUCACAUGAAAUUUCCAAGCAAGCGGCUGAACACCAUACAACAUUCACAAGACAUUCAAGCGAGAUACGUGUAAAAUUGAUAGUUGACAUUUCGGAAAGUAUUAAACGAACAAAUGAAUUUAGUGAAGAAAUUAGAAUAAUAUUAGAAGAUACCGCGCAUGAUAAGAUAGAUAAACUCCGUAAUGUAUUUGCGAAAUAUGGCCACUUUUAUGCACGCCAUCUUUAUAUUGGAGGUGCCAUUAUUACAAAUGAAACGCAUAAAUCUAAUUCAGAUAAUACUACUGAAAUACAUGCUGAAAUAAAUUUGACCAUGCCUAAUGUUGUUUCUGGUAGUUCAGGCAUAGCGUACACGACUGGAAAAAAAAUUCGAUCCAAAAAUGGCUUUAAUAUAAUUGCUAAUGAUAAACGUAUUUAUGGCGGGGACGAGGAUGCAUCUGAUAUCAAAGUUUGGGAAAAAUCACUCAAAGAAGCUAUUACUUGGAAGGUAGUCAGUUACGAUGAUAUUAGACCAAUAUUUGAAUUGUUAGAUGAUAACUUGAAAAAUAAAGUUUUAAAUGUUUAUGGCGACCAAAUUUUAAAAGCAGGCGUUAAAGAAUUCACAGUCUCCUCAAAUUAUUCUAAAGAACACAUACCAACUGUUUAUCCUUUGCAUCAACAUUUAGGUGAAAUAGAGAUUGACAAAUGCAAGAUUUUUGCUUCAAUUAUGAGUAAAGAAAACAAAAACGCAUUUUCUUUAUAUAUAGAUUAUGAAGAUGGGAAUAUGAAAAGGCCAGUAAUUGUUAUUCAUCAAAUUCAACGAAGUGAUAUUUUUUUUAAAAAAUCCACGGCCACGCUUGGUUGGAUUAUUGUUGGUCCACCCAAAAAUCUUAAUAUUAACCUAAUAUGGUAUUCACUGCCAUUCAAAGAUAUACAACCAGUUUCUAAUACCAUAAAUUGCUAUGAUGUAAAAGUUCAAGGUUGUGAAAAUAUUUGUAUAUUGUACACUUGUAGGUUAGUUCCAAACAAGCCUCCUAUUCAACGAAGAUCGUAUCCAAAAUCACCGCAUCCUAUCAAACAUGAUCCAAAAAGUACAAAAAAGGUUGUUGGAUCUCAUUUUGCUUUCUUAAAUGAAUCCCGUGAAGGUUUGGCAUAUAUGUUUUCUUAUAAGUUCAACAAAAAUUGUCUCGAAAUUGAUGUUGAAGAUUUACAAAAAUUGUCAAUAUACAUAUGUGCUAUUGCUAAUUCUUCCAAAGAUUGUGAAUUUGGUCAAAUGGAUGUUAAAUGGAAUGAAUAUUCAUCAGAUUUAUCUCAUGCCAAACAUCCUGAAGAUAGUAGACACAAUAUAUCCUUUAAUAAUAUAAAAAGGCCAAUUUUGGCAAACCAAAUUUGUACUAAAAAAGAUUGUGAACAUCAUGGAUUUGUUAAUAUUGGUCCUGAAGAAUUCAUUUAUAGACCACUAAAUUCACAUUUAUUAGAUUUAUGUGAAAAAAUUACUUAUUUAUCCGUUCGUUCAAGCAUUCUUCAUAAUGUUAAGUGA